CGUAGACCUACCUGUGUUAUAAGCAACCUCCGUAGAUUCGGCGGUACGUGCAAGUCAAGAACAGCAUUGUACCGGCCCGUUGCUAGGUUGGUAGCCGGAGAUGGGAUCGUACCAGCCGCUAUAUCAGAACGGCCACAAGCCGUCGUCGUCUCCGGCCAACGGCGUCGGCCCCGGCCAUUUCCACCAAAGAACCGGCUUCACCUGGCUCCUCUGCACCGUCCUCUGUUUGUCUCUGCUCCACCUCCUAUGCAGCCCCCCGCCCGCCUCACACGAGACUGUGGUCGCGCCCGUGCUACAACACAUCGCCAUUACCUCUGGCUCUGAUCAAGGAAAGAGAAGUUGCGACUACUCGGAGGGGCAGUGGGUGCGGGAGCCGGGCUACGCGCGGCGGUACAACGGAACGGAGUGCAACGUCAAGGACAGCGAGAACUGCGUCCGCAACGGGCGUCCGGACACCGGCUACCUCGACUGGCGGUGGCAGCCGGCGGCGGCGGGGUGCCGCCUGCCGGCCUUCGACGCUGGGGCGUUCCUCGCCGCGGUCCGCGGCAAGCACGUCGCCUUCAUCGGCGACUCGAUGGCGCGGAACCAGGCCGAGUCGCUGGUCUGCCUCCUGGGCGCGUCGUCGUCGUCGUCGUUCCCCUACCGCCUCGUGUACCGCGACCCGGAGCCCAGGACGCGCAAGUUCUGGCGCUGGGCGUUCCCGUCGCACAACGUGACGGUGUCCGUGUACUGGGCGCCGUUCCUGGCGCGCGCCACGGGCAAGUCGGAGGACUACAGCAUGCCCCACAACACAGUGUACCUCAACUCGCUGGCGGAGCGGUGGUCGGCCGACGCCGACACCAUGGACGUGGCGGUGAUCAGCACGGGCCACUGGUUCUGGAACCCGACCAUCUACUGCAAUGGCAGCGUGGUGCUUGGCACGCACCUGCUCCCAAUGUUCAAUUACACCAACAUCGGUUUGUUCUCGCCGUACCGGGAGGCCAUCCGGAUGUCGAUACAGCGACUGAUCGGCUCCGGCCGGGGCGGCGCCGGCCGCACCGUGGUGGUGGCGACCAUCUCGCCCGCGCACUUCGAGAAGGCAUGGAACGACCCCACGACGUGCGCGAGGACGGAGCCUUACAAGGAUGGGGAGAAGGAGGUGGAGACCCUGGCCGCGGAGCUGAGAAGGAUCGCUAGAGAGGAGGCCGACGCAGCGGCGGCGAGGAGCGGCGGGGACGGCUCCGGGGAGACGAGGGUCAUGGUGCUGGACGUGACCAAGCUGGCUUCCAUGCGUCCCGACGGGCACCCCGGCGUGUACAUGCACCGCGACCCGUUCGCGCGCGGCGUGCCGGAGCAGCUGCAGAGCGACUGCCUCCACUUCUGCCUGCCCGGGCCGGUGGACACAUUCAACGAGAUACUGCUGCAGAUCCUGACGAAGAAUCAGUGAUACGAUCUGAAUCGAGUUACGCCAUUACAUGCCUGCACGUAUAGUACGACAUCGACUGUGUGCCCGGAACGCACGCACGCACGCAUCGUGAAAUUAGCCGAUAGGUCCGGGUAGCGCGAAACUGCUAUCAUUAGCGGCCGGAAGCUUUUUCAUCAUCGUCCAUUUUGUCAUUGAGAUUGCACAAAUACAGUAGAGGAAAAAUCACGUAUGUCAUGGUAUGAGCUGGGGCCCCACCCUCCAGCUUUUCGGAGUUGCACUCCUAACUUUUUCA